CAAAAGGAAUAGCUAUCAAUGUCCAAAACUUCUUUAUUUUCAAAUCAGGUCCCAAUUACUGGGCAUUUUUCUAUUAGACUCCACAACGGCAUCGAAUUGAAUCUUUCAAACGUUGCGUGCGCCAAAUGUCGUCCUUCCCUGUGGGAGAAACUCAAAAAAAGAUAUCCAAGAACAAAAAAGAUCCACCAGUGGAGACACUCUCUCACCCCAUUAAAGACAAAACAACCUGAUACCCUCAUUUAAUAUUAUUACCCAUAAUUUUAGUCAUUCUGGUAAUCAAAAGUCCCAGAUGCUAAGCUGUCCAAAAUCCUCCACUCCGCACAUCCACCAUUACUACACCUCAUGUACAUAUCUCUGAAUAUAAGCCAAUUUAUUAGGUCAUGAAUUAAAUUUGACCCUUUUAUGGAGUUCUAGAUAGAAAGCACCAAAAAAAAAAAAAAAAACCAAAUCUUUGACUCUUGUUCAUUAUUCAUUGCCUAAAUCCAGCCAACGCGCGUGAAUUCAGGAAAAACGGAUUUCUUGGAUUUGCUCCACCUCACCACCAAUCCUCUGCAGUUCUGUUCUUGUUUGUUCCUGUCGAAUGAUUGAUGCUCGAGAUGAGUUGAUUGAUUAAUUGGGGCUUUGGGGUCAUAAUCUCAUCUGGAUUCAGAGAGAGGGGAUCAGCAAAAUUGGCACUUGAGAAGAAAACAUGGCUCCUGGAGGUGGUGGUUUGUACCGGGAUGUUGUUGAGUCUCGGACUGCAUUAGCUGAUUAUGGUAUAGCACCUACUGAAACGGAUUCAAGAAAUCCCCCUUCAAGAAAAUCUCCUGCUGUUGUUGGUGGGAAACCUGGGGUACAUGAGCUACUUGAGUGCCCUGUAUGCCGAAGUGUGAUGUACCCUCCCAUUCAUCAGUGUUCCAGCGGCCACACUAUAUGUUUCAACUGCAAGACUAAAGUACAUAAUAUUUGCCCAAUAUGCCACCAAGAGCUCGGAAACAUAAGGUGUAUGGCUCUGGAGAAAGUUGCAGAACUGCUAGAAUUGCCAUGCAGAUACCAGUUCCUGGGCUGUCAAGAUAUAUUUCCUUACCAGAGCAGACUCAGGCACGAGCAGAAUUGCCGGUUUCGCCCUUAUAAUUGCCCUUAUGCCGGAGCUGAGUGCUCUGUCACUGGUGAUAUUCGGUCCCUCGUUUCACAUCUGAAGGAUGAUCAUAACGUUGACAUGCAUGAUGGGUCUACUUUUAACCACCGUUAUGUGAAGUCCAAUCCCCAAGAAGUGGAGAAUGCUACAUGGAUGUUAACUGUUUUCAACUGUUUCGGCCACCAGUUUUGCUUGCACUUUGAGGCUUUCAAUAUAGGAAUGGCUCCGGUCUACAUGGCCUUCUUGCGCUUCAUGGGUGACGAUCAUGAGGCCAAACGGUUCAGUUACAGUUUGGAAGUCUCUGGUGGUGGGAGGAAGAUGCAAUGGCAUGGCGUUCCAAGGAGCAUUCGCGAUAGUCACAAGACGGUUAGAGAUAGCCUAGAUGGACUGAUAAUCCAGAGAAAAUUGGCGCUUUUCUUCUCUGGUGGUGAUGGACAGGAGCUGAAGCUAAAAAUUGCCGGCCGAAUAUGGAAAGAACAACUGUAAUCUUCAUUCCUAUAAAGAUGAUAUGGUAAAACUUUCUCUAGACAGUAUUUAUCUUUCUUAUUUUUAUUUUUGGACUCGUUAUGGAUAUGUAACUGGGUCGGAUUUAGUUGCCCGGUAGUUUUCAACAUAGCCUUGGAUUACAGGAUUACUUAAGAUUCAGUAAUCCAGCUAGCUAGCUUUGAUCCAA